AUGAGUGUCGCCCCUUACGACACCUCCGCAUCUCUCAACCCAACUUGCCGCCGCAAUCCUCCUCUUCCUUCUCCUCUUCUCCCUUCUCUCGGUUCCGCCAUCGAGAACGGUGUCAUUUGGGACAGUGUUUACUUCGUCCGGAUUGCUCAGUGCGGGUAUGAAUACGAGCAGUGCUACGCGUUUCUGCCCUUAUUGCCGGCUUGUAUUUUUGCCUUUUCGCCAACAGUUUUCGCGCCAUUGGAUACGAUUAUCAGUUAUAGAGCAGUGUUGGCGUUGUCUGGUUAUGUUGUUUGCAAUGUGGCGUUUAUUUUCACGGCGAUGUACUUUUACAGGCUUUCAGUUAUUAUUUUGAAGGACCCCAAUGUUGCAUUGCAGGCUUCCAUUUUGUUUUGCUUUAAUCCAGCGUACAUAUUCUACUCAUCAAUAUAUUCUGAGAGCUUGUAUGCCUUGUUUUCAGUUGGUGGAUGCUACUAUUUAGUAUCUCGUGUAAAUAGUAUUGUGGUGCUUUGGCUUGCUUUGUAA